GUUCAGCCCAUUGCUAGGUGCGCUGAGCGGGUGUUGCCUGACAGGCGGCAACAGCGAACAGCACGUGGGUCCGAGAAAGAACUAGUCUCGUGCUGUAGUACAGCGCUGGCAGUCUUGGCGCGCAGUGAUCCUCUCUCGUUACUGCACUGCGUUUCCGUCACGCGACGAUCCUGGCCCAGCUUCCUGUGGAGUUCUGCAAUGGCGCCUACAGUGUACGUCUCGGACGUGGCCGGCAAUCCCAGCAGAAGUCACCUGUAUCCGGACACCUUGGAUGACUUACUCGAGAGUGGCCCGCUUGUCAGGAGACUGCCUCGUCACCCCCCGAGGGACAACAAGGAACGUCGGUCUCGGGGCAGUGUGUGGUUACAGUCACCACGAAUGGGGAUCACAGCUGACGACUUGAGGCAACAAGCCACAACACAAGGCCAGGAAAAGGCGAACUUCUCCAGCAACAGUAACCCGAGUAACAGCAAUAACUCUGAGUAUCGAAGUGAGGCUAGUGUGGACUGUAAUUCCCCGUCUGGGAGGCAUGAGAAGUGCAGUAGAGAAGAGAUACUGAAACACCAGCAACAGCAGUGUCAGCGAAUUCUUCUGCUGAGGAGGCGCGAGAGUCUCUUGGACAUCACAGUGAGGACUGUGAACCUCAUUCGGAGGAACCAACAGCUGCAGCACCGCUUGGCUGCUCUGCAGGCAGAGACGAGGGCAUUCGUCAGGUCUGUGCUGAACAACCCAGAGAAUCGGGCAAUUCGAGAGUUAACCUUAAAGUCAAGAAGAAAGUCAAGAAGUGAGGACGAAAAUGAAGAUAAUGGCUGCAAGAGAGCGAGGUUGGAAGCUAGUGCCACUAGCACCGCCACCACCACCACCACCACAACUACAACCACUGCUGCCACAACAACUACCUCUGUUACCACAGUGAAAAAGAACCAAACUGUCUCCGAGCAUAACAACAAUGAGAAAUGAUUCCUAUAUUGUAAAGAAAUGGUUAUGUAUUUAUGAGAGAAGUGACAACAGUUUUGGAACAUUGCUAGAACCUGUCGUGAACGCGCAGUUUCUAGAAAAAAAGUUAGGGUUGCCUUUGACCCUGGAGUGGUAUGGUUUUUCUUUCUCAAGAAUCUGUGCUGACUAUCAAAUUACAAGACCUGCGUGAUGUAAGGUCUUUGGCAUUGGCUUCGUUUUAUGAGGAAUAUAAAAAUUUGUGAAGUUGCAACAGAGAAAACAAGCAGUAAUAAUUUCACAACACAAAGUAGUUCAGAAUGGUAUUUAAAUUUCACUUAUUUUUCCAAUGCACAUUGCAGUACUGCUUCAAAUUCAGUAUUUGAAUUUCCAUAUUGCAGACGUUCUGAAGACAAAGUUAGGAAGAUAUUGAAUAAUAUAAACUUCAUAUGUGACAAGUGUGCCUCAGGUUUGUCUUCCUACUCACUUGCAUCAACAAGUUUGUCUUCGAUUGUAAGAACUAAUAUUCUGCGAAAUGUAAUAACUUUUUCUUUCCGAAUCAUUUCCUGCGUCGUCUGUAUAUCUGCCCCUUCUUAAAUUUAAUUAUUUUUAAGCUUCUACAGUUUUGAUAAACGGGCAUACUACUUUAAGAAUGUUCUGCAAAGCAAUACUUAAGAAGUUUUUAAGUGUGUAUUCCAUUAUCUCCACAUAAUUUGUUACGUAUUAUAUUAAUACUUACCUGCGCAAACAGACUAACAAAUUGUUAGGAACAUUGCCCAAAAGUCAGUUACAUGAAACAGUGUCAUCGUUUUAAUAUUAGUGACAUCUUUAAGAGAGUUAAUUACACUAAUAUUGAAUCAGGACAAUUUUUCUGAAACAUAAACCAGAAAAUCAAUUAAAAUGAAUUAAGUAAUUAUAAACAUUUCUCCACAAACAAAAUGUGGAUUAAAAAAGAAUAAAGAUAACUAAUUGGUGCUUUCUCAUCCAUACUGCUCUUGAGAUGUGUUGAGGUCUGAAUAGUCGGCACAUUUGUCUAAAACUCGGUCCCCAGCUGGGGCUUCAUCCACGGCCCGCCAGUUGGCGAGACUCAGAUUAAUUAACAAAUGAAAAAUGUGUUGGGAUGAACAAUGAUCACUGUCACAUGCCUCUGUACUAAUUGCUACUAACGUUUUCUACACUCAUUCGCUUUUACAAGACCUCCACAGACGUUGGUUAUGUUUCAAGAAUUUAUAAUUGCAUGUGCAGUAUAAUUAUAAUUACACUGUACCGUCACUCGCUGUGCGACUUUACCAGUGUUUAUUUCUUUAUUGUAGACUGUCACGGAAGUAACUUUUUGAACAUUGUUUUUCAACUGUCUUGCGGUCACUGCUAGGUUGUCUCUUUUUCUCACAAAAACCAGUGCAAUUUUCUGAUUCAAAAAUGCGGUGAAAUGUUGCUGCGACAUAAUCGACGCACCACACGAAAAUAAUUAAAACAAAAACUAAAAUAAAAGCACGACAUUCAUAGAUGUUUUAUCUGAGUCAUCAGCGUCUUCAGUUUUGUGUGCUUAAUUCUGUCUUGCCUUCGUCGUGUUUUCUUCUUCUUUAUUGCGUGACACUCCAGGCUUCGAUACCUGAUCCUGCGAUAGCUUAAUAGCGCAAUAAACACUGACGAGGUUGUGUUAUGAGUAAUGGUAUAGUGGAAUUGUGGUUGUAUGAUGACAACACAACAAACUGCUAUAGUACAAGCUUCUGCGUACUCAGGAUUUAACAUAUUUGUGAUAUAACGAAUGAGUAUUUUAUUCAGAGUAGCAGAUCUUGAAGUAAUCCAUUUUAGACUAUAGCAAUGAUACAAGUACCAAGUAACAUUUAGACUGAUAUUCAUGUUUUCAAACAGUAUUGUAGUUAAAAGAACACUUUUUAUUAUGCUCAUAUUUAGUGAUAAAGGUAGGAUCUUGUAACUAGUUAGUGUUGUCAAAUGAUCAAAAUUAAAAUUUAUAAAUGUCAGUAUCUUAAACUCCAACUGACGCACUAGUUGGUGUUGUCAAAAUUAAAAUUUAUAAAUGGCAGUAUCUUAAACUCCAACCGACGCACAGCAUGAAUUUUCCCCGUAAAUGAUACAUAAAUUCUGGAUAUAAAAUGUUCCAAGCAUCUUGUGAAUUAAUCUGUAGAAACACAACAGAGAUUUACUAGAAAGUUCACGCCUUCUGUUUUUAUUGGACAUAACUGCUUUUGAUAUGCGUCUAUAGAGGAUUUUCUCACAAAAGCGAUGGCGUAAUUUCCUCUCAAUACAAUGAAACAUUCAUUAAGGUGAAAAGACUGGAUUAUAUGAACAGUAUCUGGACCCUCGGAUACCUUCAGUCAUCAGAAAUUAAAUUAGUUAUAAUUAUAUACGUAAUUAUCUAAACAGAUAAUUAAAUGUAGCGUUCUCAAAGAUGGAAGUCUCUUUGUAAAUUAUAAAUUUCAGCCAAAUAUUAACAAAUCUUAGCGAAGACAAUUUGAAAGACUUACCAAAGAAAGCAAGUUUCACUUACCAUGAUUAUUGCAUUAUUCUGAACUGGAUAUUGUGGUCGUUAACAAUAGAAAAAUUAAUAUAGUAUAUAUAUAUAUAUAUAUAUGAAGAAAAAUCAAUUAAAAAUGAUUUAAUAGGUUUAUGUUACGGCAUUGAGAGUCAGUCUAACGUAGCUUCAAAUGCUGGUAUGUAGCUAUAUAUUUGAAUGAAAAGAGAGAUAUUUGCUGGUUGGAAAACUAUCAGUACCAAAGUAAUAGUCCAGUUUUGCAGUGUAGUAUCUUUCAGGAGAUGGCGCACUCAUUAAGGUACUCCGUAGACUGAUGUGUCAUGUGAAAUAAUUAUUUACAUUAGUGUUUCAGCUUAUAAGUCUAUGUGAUGGUAAUUAUACUGUGUUAUAAGCAAUACAAUAUAAUUAAAGCUGAACUUAAUUAAGUUUAAAAA